CCCUCGCACAUGCGUACUAGUUGAUGCUGGGUGUGCCAUACUGGCUGUCUUACGGGGAGUGGAGUUGGUGAAAGCCGCUAUAACAAAACCAACCAGUUUCCUAACAUGAUGCACUUCGAAGACGACGAGUAAUUUGGCACCUUGCGUUUUUUGUGGUCCCGGGUGCAAAUUGGUAAUUUGCGAAGUCGCUUCAUUUUUCGUCAGUUCGUGGUAAGGAUUUCUGUUAACUCGAGUCCAAUGGAUCUUAGGACCGCUUGGAUUCAGCCGGAGCAGAAGGGACCGGCCAGUUCCCUGUGGAUGCAUAUUUGGGGUACCGCGCAGGGAUUUGGGACACAUUUCGGCGUUGACAACCACCUUCACCAGCAACGCAACUUUGCAGUGCAGAACGCCAACUCCGCGGACUCUUGCGGCGAGAGCUGCAGACACGUAACACCGCCAUCGGGGUUUGUGUUCGGGAAACUGCCGCGGCGAGACGGCGGCUUAGAGAGGGGGAGCGUCCGGAGGAAAGGCUCGUUGUCACCAUCCUCGUCAUCAAUGGACUCAGAGGCCGACAGCUCCUCAACCCCUGGCUCCUCGUUUCAGGUCGACAACUUGAACGUGGCGGAGGACGCCGAGCAAUUUUUACAUCGAGGUGAACGCAAACUGAACGAGAACAAUCUCCGACCGCAGCACCCUCCUCCUCCUUUUCACGCCGUUCAGCAGCACAGUCGAAGCGUGCAACAAUCCGUCGGCCACACUCCCACUGGGAUGAAGACCCAGCAGGGGAACAAACCGCACCACUACCAUUCCCACCCGUCCGGCCGCAGGAGACACCUGAACCGAGCCAACACCUUCCACGGCUUCAACCCGCUGUCCUACGCCUUCAGCGGGCACCAUGCGGACUCGUCCUGCAGCCUGUGGAAGACCAGGCGCUACAGCCCGGGCAUUAAUGGCCUUCAUGAGGAAAUAGUGGACUUUUUCAACUUUAUGUCGCCAAGACCCGAAGAGGAGGCCAUGAGAAGGGAUGUAGUGAACAGGAUACAAGGGGUCAUCAAGGAUUUGUGGCCCACAGCACGGGUGGAGAUAUUUGGCAGCUUUAGCACCGGGCUGUAUCUUCCUACCAGCGACAUUGAUCUGGUGGUGUUUGGAAAGUGGGACCAUCCACCACUGCAGGAACUCGAGCAAGCCCUGAAAAAACGUAACGUGGCCGGCAACUUCCCCAUCAAAGUUCUCGACAAAGCUACAGUGCCGAUUAUUAAACUCACUGACUGUGAGACCAAGGUUAAAGUGGACAUCAGCUUUAAUGUGGAGACUGCAGUUAGAGCUGCACAGUUCAUCAAGAGCUACCUAAAGAAGUACACGGUUCUUCCACCCUUGAUCUUUGUUCUGAAGCAGUUCCUUUUCCUAAGGGAUCUUAAUGAAGUCUUUACUGGAGGCAUCAGCUCAUACAGCCUCAUACUGAUGGCUAUCAGCUUCCUGCAGUUACACCCCCGGAUUGACACGCGGCGUACCAACAUUAACCUGGGCAUCCUGCUUAUAGAGUUCUUUGAACUGUAUGGUCGCAACUUCAACUACAUGAAAACGGGCAUUCGAGUGAAGAACGGAGGAGCUUACCUGUCCAAAGAAGAUGUGCUAAAAGCCAUGGGGAAUGGAAACCGGCCAUCCAUGCUCUGCAUAGAGGAUCCAAUCCAGCCAGGAAAUGAUGUGGGCAGGAGUUCAUAUGGAGUCCUGCAUGUGAAACAAGUUUUUGACUUUGCCUACAUGGUGCUGAAUCACGGUGUUUCUCAUCCUCCACGAGCAUAUCCCAACAAAGAGUACGACAGCACUUUGGGUCGAAUAAUUAAAGUCAGUCCGGAGGUGCUGGCCUACAGGGAAUGGACAAUCAAAAAGUGGGGUGCCAAGCAGUAUGCCAAGCUGGAAAACCAGAACGUGGAGACCCUGGAGCAGGAUCUCACUAGAAUGAUGCUGGUUGAGGAUCAGAGAGACUCGUCCUCCCCUCUAAGCGCCGACUCGCUCUCGCCUUCUCCUGUCUUCCCCCCCAGCCCUCAACACCAUUCCUCAUCCUCCUCUGCAUGCUCGCUUUCUUCCUCUUCCUCUGGAAGUGACAUCGAGUCUGAAUCUCCACAAAGCAACAGUAAUACCCUUCAGCUGUACCCGUUCACCCUGGCUUCAAUCCAUUCAAUGCUCCAGAUGGCCUCUGACCUGGGGGCUACGCAGUCAGCAAACUUUUUCCACUCAGCACAUCAGAUUCCUCUCCCAGAAAACGUCUCCAUCCCCUCUCUAUCCGAUUGCCAGUUCUACCACGAGCAUCCUCCUUCUAUCAGCACUGUCCACCGUCACACAACACAAGCUGCACAAGUUUCUCUACACACCAAGCCAACAAGCCCUCUCCUCAGCCCUCUCCACCACUCUCAGGUAGGAUGGCACCAGAGCCAUGCUUACACGGUGAGGUCCAAGUCCCACAGCUCGAUCGAGCUGCAGAAAUUCAAGCACAACCAAGCCGGCAGCCUCCAUGCCACCUUCAGUCCCCAGCACCGGUUGGUUUCCCAGAGUCAUAAUGCAACUUUGAGUGUCAGAAACCAACACCAGUCCACCUGCAACACAUGGAGGUGCAGAAAAAAGGACAGUACUCCCAGCCUUGACCAGAGCCGUUGAAAGAUUUCCACCCAUCUGCUUUGUGUUUUGAAACAUUCUGUUGAAGGGUUUUUAACACUCACACAUUGUGCCAAAACUCACGAGUCAUUUAUUUCUCAUUGCUUGUUGCAGAAACUGCUGCAGCUCUUACCUGUGCUGAUUUUGUCCCGUCAGUCUGAAGUCAGCAGCCCUUCCUCUGAACUGAAUGUACACCAGCACUAAUGAUGAACUGGUGACACUGGGCCUUCCGUCCUCUGCAACACCGCCUGAUGGUUUUCUGCACAUCUGCAUCAGCUUAAGUGACCAUGCAACUUGAACAUCACGUACCAUAAUAAGGUUCAUCAAAGCUGUUGGGAGUCUUCUUGGACCUUUUCUUAUCUGCUUUUUUAGUCUUGUUUGGUCAUCUGAAUGUGUCUCCUCCUUUAGCUGUAAUCUCUCUUCACGACUCUUAAAGGUUUAGAGGAUUUUGUGCAAACUACUCUAGACUGAAGCAAAGCACUACUUUACCUUUCUACCUAUGCAUCGCAAUGCUGACAAUGUUUUUGGUGUGACGGCACAAAACGGACGUUGUCUCAAGUGCUUACACUGUGACGACUGGUUUGAAUGUACCAGUUUUGUCUUUUUUUUUUCUUCUUUUUUUUGACCGUUAUAAACUUGUUAUUUUGGUUUUUCUCACAUCAACACAAUAAUUUUUUCUGUACUAUAAACAUCGCCACCUUAUUUUGUGUUUGUUGCAUUUCUGUGCAAUAAUUUUAAUUUAAUUUAUUUCACUUUUAAUUUUAAGUUUUUUUUUUGUUUUUUUUUUUUUUUUUUUUUUUACAAAUCUUCUGUGCAAUAGAUGGAUUGAAGGGCCUAGAUAAAGUGCAUGUGGGUGGGUGGGUCAUUCCAACGGUCCAGAAGGGGGCGCUAUGGUAUAACAUUAAAUGUGCCAUAACUCUCCCACUACAUCCCCUUUUUCGUUUGAAUCCCUUGAAUUUGUGUCCGCUGCCUGCCCUAAAUAAUUUCUAAAAGUAUUCCUCAUUUUAAACGUAUCGUUAAGCAUCUAGUGAGUUUAAUUUCUGUUUCCCUUGACCGUAACGUGGGAAAAGCACUGGUUUAUCUGCGUUUACAUGCCAUUUAAAAUCUAGUUGGUGCUACUUCUCACCAGCAUAGUGUUUCUUUCUUGCCAUAUUUAUACUUUUUUUUUAAAUGCGUUUUUUUUUUUAUUGUUUAAGCAAAAUGUUAACUGCCUUUCUACUGACCAAAUCUGCCCUUUUUACAUGUACAUAACCCGAUUGUUCAGUAUUUAUUUAUUGAGAUGGCACUGCCAAGUGUACGUGAUGUUUCUAGAAGUCAGCUCAACGAGCCAACUACCAGGACAUUGGGGUCAGGUCCAUUUUUUUCCCCGUUUUUUUUUUUUUUUUUUUUUUUUUUUUUCUAAAGCAAAAUUCCAAAUCCUUCAAUAUUAGUAAUUUAUUUUUAACAAAAACAGGUUUUACAGCUGCUAUGUUUACACAGUAAACCACAAGGAGCUCGGGGAGAUGUAUAAAUUUCCAAUUUUAAGGAUGUUUUUGAUGGCGUUAGUCUCCCAAGUUUUGAAACUUAAGUUCUCGUCAUUGUGACCACAAAACCGAUCAUGAUAUCUUGGCAUUAUCCCUUUUUGUUUAGUUUUCCUGGCAGUUUCCCAGCAUCUCAUUUUGAGGAUAAUCUGACAUGUCACUUUCCAGCUCACCAAAUCCUUGGCUUGUAUUUGUAAUGAAGGGUGGGUUUUGAUGUGUAAAUGAGUCGCAUUUAGAUGUUUAUCUUGUUUUUUUUUUAUUGUAAGUUUUCUAUUUUUUUAAAUAAACAUUUUAAAACUCC